AUGGAAAGGGACCAUUAUGCUAGUGGAGGAGUGAUGGUUUGGACAAAGAGCACAUGCAAGAUUGCACCCGUUUUAGCGUACUAUAAUCCUGAUUUAAAAUCUACUGUCUCUGUUGAUGCUAGCCAAUACGGCUUAGGAGCAGUUUUACAACAAGGAGACCACCCAGUUUGCUAUGCAUCGUGUGCGCUUAAUGACACUCAGCAAAGAUACAGCCAAAUAGAGAAAGAACUUUUAGCUGUUGUGAAUGGUUGUAAAAAAUUUCACUAUUUUAUAUAUGGUACUGAUACAGUUGUGGAAACAAAUCACAAGCCUCUUCUUGGAUUGUUCAAAAAACCAAUUGAAAAUCUUUCGCCAAGAUUGCAAAGAAUGCUUUUUGAACUUUUAAAAUACAGAAUUAAACUUGUAUAUGUCCCAGGGAAGAAACGUUAUGUAGCAGAUGCUCUGUCUAGAAGUUCUACAAAGGUCUAUGCAGACACAAGUUUUUUGGAGGGAGGAGCUGCAACUGUACAUACGAUUCUAUCAACAACAGAUGAACGAACAACUGAAAUGCAAAAUGCUGUAAAGGAGGAUGAAGAUCUAUCCAGAUUAAAGUUGUUAAUACAAAAUGGAUGGCCAAAACAGUUUAGUCAAGUUCCAGAAAAACUAAGACCUUAUUGGAAUUUUAAAGAAGAGUUACAUGAUAGUAAUGACUUGAUUUUUCUUGGACAUAGACUUGUUGUGCCAAAGACCAUGCAAUCUUAUGUAUUAUCUAAAUUGCAUUCUGCACACCAAGGUAUCACUACAUGUCAAAAUAAAGCUAAAGUAUCUUUGUACUGGCCGAAAAUGAGUGAACAUAUUAAAGAUCACGUGGAGCGAUGCCAAGACUGCCAAGAGCGCCAAACUGCAAAUCAGAAAGAGUCAUUAAUGCCUUAUGAUAUUCCAAAACUACCUUGGGAAGAAGUAGGCGUAGACUUUAUGUAUUUGGAUGGAGAUAACUUCUUACAAGUAAUAGAUUACCAUUCAAAAUUUAUAGAAUUGAGGAAGCUUAACACGAAAACAGCUACAGCAGUGAUCAGUGCACUUAAACAAAUAUUUCGUACACAUGGAAUUCCGCAGAAAAUGCAUUCAGACAAUGGCCCACCUUUUGACAGCCAAGCAUAUUUGUCAUUUUUGAAAUCAUAUGAUAUUCAACCUAUAACAUCAUCUCUUAGAUAUCCAAGAUCUAAUGGAAUGAUUGAAAGAUCAAUAGGGACAAUGAAGAACAUCCUUUUGAAAGUAAAAGCUUCUGGAGGCGAUCCCAAUUUAGCAAUCUUGGAGUACAACAACACGCCAAAAUUUAAAUUGCCUUCUCCAGCAGAAAUGUUGAUGGGAAGACGCUUAAGGUCAGUGGUACCCCAGAAGACAAUUUUACUAAAGCCUUUAUUUUCCACUAGAAGCACCAUUCAGCAACUCAAGGAAAAUCAAAACAAGCAAAAAUAUUAUAAUGAUUUUUCAACAACGAAAUUAAAAUCUUUAAAUGUAAAAGAUCCAGUGUAUCUACAGAUUGAUCAUCGUAAAUGGAUACCAGGAACUAUUAUAAAGAAACACAGUCAAAGAUCAUAUUUAGUACUGUCCGCAGAAGGAACUGUAUAUCGCCGUAAUAGAAUACACUUAAGACCAAGAAAGUUAGACGAUUCCACCCCAGUGAAACAGUUACUCCUAAAAUGGCGAGACUCAAAAGAGCAAUAA